CAUUUUCUGAGAGAGGAAGCGCCUGGAGGACACACAUAUACACAGGAGAGGCACUAAGAACAGCUUGAAGUAAAGAUCAAGGUUUAUUACUGGGGCCACCUGGGAAGAGCCAAUGAACUAGAGGAGUUCCUCGUUUUCCCUUUCCCAUUUUUCUCAACUUAGUCUUUAAAAUGAACAAAGCCUUCGCAGAAAGCAGGUAAAACCGCACACCCAAGCACAGCUCCCCAGGGGAGCAGAGGUCGCAAGACAGCUGCACCGACGCACUCGAACAGCAGCAACGCAAAGAAAACAAGUCCCAGGAAGCGACUUCCGGUGGAGGUGGGAGGGGCGGCUGGUUUCCGGUUUCAAGGCCAACGACGCUGUCGCGCAAGCGCGCUUCUCACUUUCCUGGCCUGUCUCCCCUCCCCCGCCCUCCCCCAAGCCUGAGGGGUCUUGAGGUGACAGCGCCUGGAACCGGGACUCCCGGAGGAGGAGAAGAUGGACAAGAGGAAUCUCGGGCGGCGGCGAUCUUCAUCUGAAAUUGUCACAGAAGGAAAAAGGAAAAAAUCUUCAUCUUCUGAUUUACAUGAGUUGCAGAUAAGAAAGAUGUUAAGUGCAAAACCAGAGGAUUUUUAUGUUCAAUCAACACGGUCCAAAUUCAGAAGCUCAGAACGCUGGAAUCUCCCUUUGCAGGGGUGGAAAAGAAGCCUAAGAAAUAAAGUCAUCUCUCUAGACCAUGAAGAUAAAAAAGGUGUCUGUGGGCGUCUUGUCAGUUCUAAGGCAUCACCAGAAAGGCAACUCAAAGUUAUGUUGACGAAUGUCCUAUGGACGGAUUUAGGACGAAAAUUCAGAAAGACCCUACCUAGAAAGGAUGCUAAUUUAUGUGAUGCCGACAAGGUGCAAUCAGACUCAUUGCCUUCGACAUCUGUUCACAGCCUAGAGACAUGUCAAAAAUUAGAACUUCUUCACCAAAGCCUUAAUUUACCUGAAAGGAUACCCAGAGUUAUAUUGACGAAUGUCCUGGGAACGGAGUUAGGAAGAAAAUACAUAAAGAACCCAUCUGUAACUGAGGCCAGUUUGAGUGAUACAGACAACUUGCAAUCAGAGCAACUUUCUUCAUCAUCUGAUGGCAGCCUAGAAUCUUGUCAAAAUGUAAAUCCUCACAAGAGCUGUUUAUUAUCUGAAAGGGGUUCACAACCAAGUAAGACAGCAGAAAACAAUUCUGCAAAGCGGGCUGCACAUUCUAAAGAAAAGCGAAGAGAUGCCGAUGGGAUUUCUCCUGUAAUGUCUGAUACCCAGACUAAAGAUCUUAACAGUGGAAGUGCAGGUUGUGAUCAAGAGAAGAGCAGAAGCAAAAAUGUAACAUGUUCUGAUUCAAAAAUGAAACCUGCUCAGAUUUCCAGGAAGACAAAGAAAAGGCCUAGAAAUAAUUUACCUGAUUCUCCUCAUUCUACUUCUUUGGAUAAGGCUACAGAACAGACAGAAGAACAAGAAAAUGGUCCAACAGUAUCUGUUGAAUUUGAAAAGUCAAGUGAAAACUAUUAUCAAGACCCAACACUGCCUGAAGAAAUGGUACCUAAACCAAUGGAAAGCGAUUUUACCAAACUGUCCCCACUUAAUAGUCAGGAUUUGUCUUUGAGUGAUGCCCCCCAAAGUGCCUCCAUCUCUUCAACCCCUGAAGCUUUCCAGAGCUCUGUUUCCAAUGAUACUGUGGGAGUUUCUUCCCUGGCAGACAAGGGUGAGAAUGAAUUGAAUAUGAUAGAAAAACCCGUUGUAAGUGGACACAGUGAAGGGAACCAAUCAUUAAUCUCAGCUGAACCAAUAAUUGUUUCCAGUGAUGAAGAAGGACCUGUUGAACGUAGAAGUACAGAAAAUUUAAAAUUACAAGCUAAGGAAGACCAUGAGAUCACUAAUAAAAAUGAGAGUACUUCUGAAUCAGCAUUGUCAGAGCUACCAGUGGUUACCUGUGAAUCUGCCCAGGCAUCAUCUGAAUUAUGUUCAUAUAAUCCUGUUAUGGAAAACAUUUCCCGUAUUAUGCCUUGUAAUGAUAAGGAUCUACAACUAGAUUUUAUAUUUACUUCUGUUUAUAUUGGUAAAGUAAAAGGAGCUUCUAAAGGUUGUGUUACAUUCACAACAAAAUAUGUUAAGAUCCCAUUUCAAGUGUCCCUGAAUGAGGUUUCUUUGCUAGUGGAUACCACCCAUUUGAAGCGAUUUGGGUUAUGGAAAAGUAAGGAUGAUGAUCACAAUAAAAGGAGCCAUGCUAUCCUUUUCCUCUGGGUCUCUUCAGAUUAUCUUCAGGAGAUUCAGACCCAGUUAGAAAGUGCUAUAUUAAGCCAGCAAUCAAAAUCCAGUGAAUUCAUUUUCCUUGAAAUACACAGUCCUAUUUCACAAAGAGAAGAAUUGAAAUUGAAAGAUAUUAUGACGGAAAUAAGUACAGCCAAAGGAGAGUUAGAGCUUUCUUAUCCAUUGUCUUGGGUUCAGGCACUUCCUUUGUUUCAGAACCUCUCUUCAAAAGAAAGUUCUUUUAUUCAUUAUUACUGUGCUUCAGCUUGCUCCUUCCCUGCUACUGCUGCUGUUGAAGAAAUGAAGAUGAAAUCAGUUUCUCAGCCCUCAAGUACAGAUGCAGCCAAGCCUACUUACACCUUCCUGCAGAAGCAAAGUAGUGGUUGCUACUCACUUUCCAUUAUAUCUAACCCAGAUGAAGAGUGGCGAGAAGUCAGGCACACUGGACCUGUUCAGAAGUUGAUUGUAUAUCCCCCACCACCUACUAAGGGGGGAUUAGGAGUAACUAAUGAAGAUCUGGAAUGUUUAGAAGAAGGAGAAUUUCUUAAUGAUGUAAUUAUUGAUUUUUACCUUAAGUAUCUUAUAUUGGAGAAGGCAUCAGAUGAACUUGUUGAACGAAGUCACAUUUUUAGUAGCUUUUUCUAUAAGUGCUUGACAAGAAAGGAAAAUAAUUUAACAGAAGAUAAUCCAAAUCUUUCAAUGGCACAGAGAAGACAUAAAAGAGUAAGAACAUGGACUCGUCACAUAAACAUUUUUAAUAAAGAUUACAUCUUUGUACCUGUAAAUGAGUCGUCUCACUGGUAUCUUGCAGUCAUUUGUUUUCCGUGGUUGGAAGAAGCUGUGUAUGAAGAUUUUCCACAAACGGUCUCCCAGCAGUCUCAGACCCAGACCCAGCAAUCCCAACCUGACAACAAAACAAUAGAUAAUGAUCUACAUACUACUUCAGCACUAUCCUCAAGUGCAGAGGAUUCUCAAAAUACCGAGAUGAAUGUGUCAGUACCAAAGAAAAUGUGUAAAAGGCCAUGUAUUCUCAUACUAGACUCCUUGAAAGCCGCUUCUAUACAAAACACAGUUCAGAAUUUACGAGAGUAUUUGGAGGUAGAAUGGGAAGUUAAGAGAAAAACUCGUCGUGAAUUCAGCAAAACAAACAUGGUGGACCUAUGUCCUAAAGUUCCUAAACAGGAUAAUAGCAGUGAUUGUGGAGUAUAUUUACUGCAAUAUGUGGAAAGCUUCUUCAAGGAUCCUAUUGUUAACUUUGAACUUCCAAUUCAUUUGGAGAAAUGGUUUCCUCGUCAUGUAAUAAAGACCAAACGGGAAGAUAUUCGAGAGCUCAUUUUGAAACUUCAUUUACAGCAACAGAAGGGCAGCAGCAGCUAGUUAAUCUGCACAGACACGACACAGAUGUUCUCUAAGAUUACUGGAAAGCCGCUUACCAGCAUUUGUGUUAGCCAGCUCACAGAGAAGAAAAUAACUUACAGUAGUUUUAUGAGUCAUUGAACAUUAUUUAAAAUAUAUAAGAUCUAUUAUUAGAAUUGUUCAGAUCCCAUAGGUGGAGUGAAAUGGGGGCAAUAUGGUUAAACUUAUUGGACAGAAAUGAAAAUUUCUUAAAUAGUUGAUAUUUUUUUGAGUAAAUAUGCUUGGAUUAUGCAAUGGCAUAUGUAAUGUGGGAAUGUUUUUAUAGAUAAUAAAACUAUGUGAUCUGUACUUCCACAUGACUGGGUGUUGAGGGGAGUUGGGUCCUUGCUGGUGCCAGCCCCAAUGCUUGUCAAAUU